GUGAAAAAUGGCAGCACCCUGUCCAUCGGCGGAGGUACAUUUUGCACAAAAACUAGCUGCAAAUGAAAAGAGAACGAGGGACAUUGCAUUCAAGAAGCUGAAGAAAUGGCUCCAGUCUCGAACAAGUGAUGGAAAGGAGGCGGACUUUUUGAAAAUAUGGAAAGGACUUCAUUAUUGUAUGUGGAUGCAAGACAAAGCCUUAAUUCAGGAAGAACUUUCAGACAACAUUUGCAAACUAGUUCAUGUGUUCGGCAAUGUGGAUAUUUCCUUGUUGUUCCUGGGAGUUUUCUUCCAGACAGAAUCAAGAGAAUGGAGUGGAAUAGAUAGGUGGAGGAUGGACAAAUUCAUGUUGCUAUCCAGAGAAAUGCUGGGUCAAGGUUUAGCUCUUGUAAAGAAAGCAAAGUGGAAGAAGAAAUACAUUGAACUGUUCUGUCACAUCCUAAAGAAACAAGUUCUAAUGGCAGAAAAUGAUGGAUACAAAAUCCAUAUCACUGACAUUUAUCUAGAUGAGAUUGAAAAAGUAGGAGCCAAUGUGCUUACAUCCAGCCAGAUUGUUGAUUUUCUUGAGCCAUUUUCUACAUACCUAGCAGAAUCUAAUAAUACGACGCUGGUGAAGCGAGUAAUUUCUAGAGUGUUUGAGGCCAUUAUACAGCAGACAGUUGAUGAUGCAAAGCGGAGAGCAGAACGCCUCAUUCAGAAAGAAGAUGAAGCAAACAACAAUGGAAUAGACGAGGACGACUCUGAUGAGGAUGAUGAUACACCUCCAAGACUUGAUUUUGACUAUGGAGCUAUUGCGGACAGGUUGUUUGAACUUGGGAAGAGUCCAGGAUGUUUGAGUCGCCACAGAACUCUAAUAUACAAUGUUGUUAAAAAGUUUAGAGAUUUAAAUGAAGGUGUCUUGCCAGUCAAGGAAAAGGAUUACUCUGAUCUGAACAAGGGGUACAUCAAUCGGCAGGAAUUUGCUCAGUCAGUCAACAAGCUAAUUUCCAUGGAAACAGAAGUCCAAAGACGGAAAAAGAAAAGUCAGAAACGAAAGAAAAACCAGCAGAAGGAGAACCAUGAUGAACCAGUUCCAAAGAAAAUAAAGAAAGAGAAUUCAACACCUGACACUGGAAAACGAAGCACAGAUGAAAAGGCAAAUACUCGGACUGUAGUAAAUGGGAAGACAAAAAAGGAGAAAGGACUCACAAAACUAAAAGAAAAGUUACUGGGAAAACGUAAAAAGGAAACAACUGCUGAGCCUUCUAAAAAGUCCAAACAAGCAGAUUUGACCUCUGUAACUGCCGGUGUUGAUACGCCAGUACAUGUUGGUAAUAUAAAGAGUAAAAAAGCAACAACACCUGCUAAAAACCCAAAUAAAAAGGAUGCUGCUGUUUCGUCUGUUUCUUCAACAGCUAAAAAUGCAAGGACUUUACAAUCAGCUGAAAGAGGGGUGAAAGACUUUGAUACACCAGAAUUUGAAGUAGGUGAAAGUGCUAGUGUUAAUUCAAAUAAAACGACAUCUGUACACAGACAUGUUGGGUUGGACACACUGGAACUCAAACACAUUCAUGACCAAGAAGGAAGCCACGACAAAAGGGUGAAGAAAGAUGCCUUGGAAGAGGAAGUUGAGAUAUGGGUACCCAAUAAAAAAUACACUGGAAAACUGAAGGGAAUUCAUGAACAACUAUUGAAAGGUACAGAGGGCAAAAAGUUUGCUCAGUUUGAACAUGGAGUCCACACCCCUCCAGCCUUCAUUAGGAGGUCAUUGGCCAAGGUGGCAGCACCAAACACUGACCCAGGGAAGGCAUCAAAGAGAGUAUUGGGGAGUGAUGCAGGGGGUCAUAGCUCUAAAAGGAAAGUCACAUUCGACAUGAAGAAAAACAAAGCUGUUGAUUUUAAGAAGAGUAUUCAGUUCAGCCCUGCUCCUUAUAAUCCGAACAAGAAACCUGAGCAAGGGAUACUAAAAACACCAGACAGUUCAUCCCAGAAAACACCAAAAUCGAACGUUACUAUAGCAACACCUGAUGGUGUGACAAGUGUUUCAUCACAGAGGAUCUUGCGACAGGCAACCCCGCACGUAAAAAAAGGACGCGUGGUGCAAAGAACGCCAUCUAGUGUUAAAAAACUGAGAACACCAGUGAGUUCAAAGAAAUAUACAGGGACACCAGUUCCUAGAAAAAACACUCCCGUGAUGAGUUUAAAGUCCACCCCUCGCUCAAAGGCAGCUGAUUUCUUUUGAGUUAAGAUACCAACGUAUUUGUAUAUUUGAGGUUGUCUAAAUUCUUCCAUUAAAUAAAAUUGAGAUGAACUGGAAUCAGUUACAUUAACUGAUUACGCUUAUAUGAAGUGAUCCUUGUUUGCAAUCACUAGUUAUCGAUGGUAAUAUAAUUCAUUUUGGAUACUUUCAUUGCAGCCGGAUAUUAGAAGUAUUUUUUCAAAGCUGUAUUAUUGCAAUUCAUAAGUUCUUUUCAAUGAUUUUCUCUUUUGCAGACCCAGUUUUACUUACAUGUAAAUUAACAGCUGCAAAAUCAUUUUGUAAAAAUAUUACCAACUGGUAUGUAUUUGUACAUACUAGUUUACAUUUUAUAAUGUAUUUCCAUUUGUCAAAGCCAUCAAAGUUGCAAGUGAAAUAUUUAUUUUGAUACAGAUGACAUUUCUAUGCUGUAUAAAUAAUAUCAUAAAUAAAUGUGAAACAAGAA